GAUACGCAUUGACUCAAAACUUUCAAGUUUCACUGAGUUUCAUUAAUUAAUCAACUGCAUCUAUCACCACCCAUUUUUUCCUUUAUUGUGUUUUUUCCUUGAAUGCUUUUAUUUUUUAAUUUAUUUGGCCAUCUUCACUCACAAGUAUGGCAUCUGCAGCUGCAGGAGCUUUGAAAAGGACCACGGGACUGACCGGCCUGGCGGUGGUCAACAACCCCCACCACCGGCUCACCGUUCUCUAUGAGAAGAUCCAGCGCGUGCUGGCCAAAAUGCCCGCUGACGCCUCGUACCGGACCAGCACCGAGACCAUCGUGUCCGAGCGGCAGGCGGCCGUCCAGGCGGAGAAGGACCCGGUCGCCCUGGAGGCCCGGCUCGGCUGCGGCCAGUGCGAGGAGCUGAUCGUGCAGGCCGAGAACGAGCUGGUGCUGGCCAAGAAGAUGCUGCAGUGGAAGCCCUGGGAGCCGCUGGUGCAGCAGGCGCCCGGCAGCCAGUGGAAGUGGCCCAUCUGAGCGCCGAGUCCCUGUCCCCGUCCCCACGUCCCGUCCUGCCCGCCGGGAGUGUACAGUGAGCCGUGUACCGCCGCAGUGAAUAUAUAGUGAGAUCUGGAGUGUG